AGAAUGAUGUAAAACUUGAUGUCAAAGGUCGCAGGGCAGAGAGUAAGUCUCCCGAUGCGGACAGGCGGCUACUUAUGCCUCAGGUUAGUGCAUGCGUUUUUUCAAAUCUCUAUAGUAGCCACAGUGUAGCCAUAGUGUGGCCACAAUGUAGCAGCAAAUAGAUGGUGCCUUAGGAAAAAUAAUAAAGACUAGUUGAUGCCCCCCAUAGCAUAGGGUGGUGUAAGCAUAGGGUGUUGUAGAAAUAGGGUAGUGUAAGCAUAGGGUGGUGUAAGCAUAGGGUGGUGUAAGCAUAGGGUGGUGUAAGCAUAGGGUGGUGUAAGCAUAGGGUGGUGUAAGCAUAGGGUGUUGUAAGCAUAGGGUGGUGUAAGCAUAGGGUGGUGUAAGCAUAGGGUAGUGUAAGCAUAGGGUGGUGUAAGCAUAGGGCUUAACUAGGUGCAGUUUUUUACUCGGGUCCGGGUAUUUUGAGAAUAUUCCUGGUGGGUCCAAGUGUUACAAAAAAAAAGAGUUAACUUCUCAUUAUCUAUAAAAAAUCGGCCUACAGAUAGUCCUACCUGUGGGCCUUUAAACAAUAAUCCUACAUACAGUCCUAUACCCUACCUGUGGGCCUUUAAACAAUAAUCCUACAGACAGUCCUAUACCCUACCUGUGGGCCUUUAAACAAUAAUCCUACAGACAGUCCUAUACCCUACCUGUGGGCCUUUAAACAAUAGUCCUACAGAUAGUCCUACACCCUACCUGUGGGCCUUUAAACAAUAGUCCUACAGACAGUCCUAUACCCUACCUGUGGGCCUUUAAACAAUAGUCCUACAGACAGUCCUAUACCCUACCUGUGGGCCUUUAAACAAUAGUCCUACAGACAGUCCUAUACCCUACCUGUGGGCCUUUAAACAAUAGUCCUACAGACAGUCCUAUACCCUACCUGUGGGCCUUUAAACAAUAGUCCUACAGACAGUCCUAUACCCUACCUGUGGGCCUUUAAACAAUAAUCCUACAGACAGUCCUACACCCUACCUGCCGGCCUUUAAACAAUAGUCCUACAGACAGUCCUAUACCCUACCCGUGGAGCUUUAUUUAUUAAAUUAAUUGUUGCCUCCGAAAUUCAACCGUCUUACCUUGGCUCAACCUUCUUACCUUGGUUUUACCUUGGUUCAACCAUCUUACCUUGGUUCAACCAUGACCCUUGCUGCUCUGCAGCUUUUUUUUCCCCCCCCUCAGUACUGUUAAUGUAAAACAUGUUGAGCAGGGGGAGGGUCGGUUGGGAAUAGGAAGCAGCAACACCACAAGCAAAAUAUAUCUAAGCUCAGUGUACUUAAGAUAAAGAGAACUAAGGGAUGUGCUGAUGUGUGUAAGGUUGGGGGGUGGGGGCAGGUUUUUUUAAAGAGUUUUUGUGGAUUCUGGCAUUGGAUAAAUCUUUGUAAAAAUUCAAGGGAAACAUUAGAAGAAUUAUAGUGCAAACAGAAAUGAUUUUUUUAAAUGAUGUCAUAUUUUGGAGCGGACUGACCUUUUAUCAGUUCAAGUUGACCAGUGAUAAAGCCCUGAUCAUUAUCGUAGUCAAAUUUUUAACCAUUGCCCAGAGUCUGACCAGAGUCAAGGGCUGUACCCACUGACCUUUGUCCAGUCUUUAAAAAAAAAUUGAGAAAAAAUGUUCCUUAUGCAACUGACAGCUGUGAAACAUCAUAUUGAUGGCUAUGAGUAUCAUACACCUGAUACUCGCUAUGAGUAUCAUACACCUGAUACUCUCUAUGAGUAUCAUACACCUGAUACUAGCUAUGAGUAUCAUACACCUGAUACUCGCUAUGAGUAUCAUACACCUGAUACUCGCUAUGAGUAUCAUACACCUGAUACUCGCUAUGAGUAUCAUGCACUGUUACUCGCUAUGAGUAUCAUGCACCUGAUACUAGCUAUGAGUAUCAUACACCUGAUACUAGCUAUGAGUAUCAUACACCUGAUACUCACUUUGAGUAUCAUACACCUGGUGUAUGAUACUCUUUUUGAAUUAAAAUGAUCAAUUCUAAUUGAACAGUUAAUCCACUUAAUCCAUCAGGCAAAUUGUCAUUAAAAAGAAAAGUCCAGAUCUUAUCAAUGCAUCAAUUUACUAGUUCUCAUUUCUCCAUAUAUUUCCUUUCAGAAUGCCAUCAAACGACGCAGUCAGAGUCAUAAUAUCGUAAUGUCAGGUGCUCUCACACCAGAGCCGGCCAAAGGCCACCGAGACCAGGACACGACACUUGAAUUCGAACCUUCUCCCCUCUCACCCUCCGCCACUUCCAGCGACUCCUCAUUCAUGCAGACGCCCGACAAUUCAAAAAUGCUGGCGGACGCAGAAUUGGAAACUGAAGUACAACUAAGGCCCCGCAGCUUCCGCAAUGCAGUUCGGGCCCAUCCUAUCACCUCAGUUGAACUUAAUGAGCUGCUGUCCAGGAUGAGGGGGUCAGGCCUGUCCAGAACUUCUGAAGACUCGACCAAACAGCCGGACCUGCCGGCAGCGAGGCCGCUCGAGCAAAUUGAGAGCACUCUGAGAAACAUUGACGACUCCUCUGAGGAAGAUAUUGCCGAUAAUGUGAGUGUUUCCAAUGAUAAAAAAAAGGCAGCGUUGACUUUGGAUUUAGGUCAAGGUCAUGACAGUCGGCCAGAUGACCAUAAACAUAACAGCACUGAUUCUCUUAUCCCCUCGGAAAUUCAGUUCAGUAAAGCUGAAAGGGACAAGUUGAUAAUGACAGAUGCCAGGUCGACCAGCAUGCCAGAUUUAAACAUAGAAGAGGUCAGAGGCAUUGCUGAGUUGAAGGGGACAGAAGAAGGCAAACCAGGGCUGUACUCGCAAAGUGUGACCAACGUCAAUAAAGACGAGUAUGUUCAGAAAGGCAAAGGCAGGUUGAGCAGGAAAGAUUUCCAUAAUAGUCACAUCGUCAAAAGAAGGAUGAAGGGUUAUCAGGAUAAUGAACCUGGAAACACCAAUGUUACCAGGCCGGUGACAGCUUUUCAUGACUCCUACAGCAAACGAGCUGCUGAGAAAGCUUCCCUGAGAAUGAAAGGUGUUCAGCCCGCAAACAAAGAAAAACAUUUGUCCACUCCGGAGUCGAGGUCUCAUCACCAAAAUUCUAAUGCCAAACUAACGGUCUGGAACAGUGUUGAGAAACUGACCAAAGGGUCGAUGAAUGACCUCUCCCAUUUAAAUGAAGAUCCAUGGGUGAUGAAUCCAGAGGUCGCUAGUUCAACAUCCCGUUCGGACUCAGAUACACACGUUUCAAAUUCCAGCCACCUGCCGAAACCUACUGCUUCUCUCGGGGUGACCUCUCGACCCAGAGGUCACUCUGACAUCACUGAAAUGAUGCAGGUGUCAUUGAAUAAGGAGAAUUUCGAUUGGCUGGUGUACCUCAACAGGAACUCCUUUCCACCUAAAAGUGACCAGACCUCCCUGGCAAUGAAAAGGUUAUCUUCCUUGGGAAUAGACCAGCCAGCAGCCAGCCAGGACAGCUUUUCUAGUCAGUUCCAUUACGCCACACCGCCGAGGUCAUAUAUGAACUCAGGAAAUAUGAACAGGCAUGAGUCUGGAUAUAAGGAGAGUUCCUUCAGCAAAGCAAAGCCCGGGGUCAAUGCCCUCGGGGGCUCAACUCUGCCUGUUUCCUUAACGAAACCGAUCCAGUUCCACGCACAUGGCCUGAUGCGAUCCAACAGCUCCCCCAUGGCGGGGGCCGAUAAAACCGUCCAUAAAGACAGGCCGACGUCUUUACACGCCGACAAUUUAACAGACGAAAGUGACCAAAUGUUGGCUGAGAUGGAGGCCUACAUCAGCAACUCCUCUGACAGCAUCAAGAGCACCAACAAGUUUCCCACGUCUCUGCCCGCGAUCACGGUGGAAGACGAGGACGCCAACAACAACAACAUCAACCGUCUGUCCAUCGCCUCAUCUCUGUCCACAUCGUCCUACGACAGUCAGGACAGCAACAGUCACUCGAGUGACGGACUGGUCGGGACGCUGAGACAUAAGCUCCACACCUGGGCCAAGCGUAGCACCAGACAUGACAGUGAGCAGAGCCACACCUCCACGCUGACCUCGGAUGACGAGGACACCGAAACCCCCAAGCCCACGAGCAACACUUUUGACCCGCCUUUGAGGAACAGAAAUUCGUGGCGGGAUGAUCGUGAUUUGGAGAAUGUGUUGAGGGAGCAUGGGCUGGGCUCUACAUCCCUAGGAUCACGUAUGGCCUUUUCCAUGCCAACAAAUGGAGGGAACCCUAGCCAACCUCACAAUUGCAGUGAUAUAGAAAUCGAGGACCCUGUAUCACCUGGUGGGUGUGGACUCAGCGAUACAGAAACACCUAAAUUCGAUAGCUCAUCUCAAAAUGAGACCAAUUUUUCUCUACCUCCUGCAAAGGAAGGAGAGGCUGCUCUUCUGCGUCCAGCAGCUGAUCUUCUGCAUCCAGCAGCUGAUCUUCUGCAUCCAGCAAGGAGUCAACAAGAUGACGUGCCUGCUGCUUCAUCUGAUUCUUCAGAAUCUGUUCAGUGGGAUAUUCCUUAUGCAGCUUCUUCAGCCGGCGGUCAGUGUGAGUCUCUGUCCCAUGUGACGCCACUUAAGCUGAGUGCUCAGAGCCAUUAUGGCCAGGGAGAAUCUAACUUUAUCUCAGACAGUGUUCAACGGGAGAGCCAAACACCGGACUCUGGAAUCUCAUUUCGAAACACAGACACCCCAUCGGAUCACCCUCUUCUCAGUGACACCAUUACCCCGGCGGAACCUUCCCCAAAGGAAAUUCCCCAAACAGUGAACUCGAACAGUGACACAAACCACUCUGAGGAAGACCGGGUCAACCUCAGGAAGCGAGGUUCCUUUGAGUCGAUUGAUUCAGUUGACAGUUUUUACGAGAGAAGACUUUCUGUGGCUUUUGAUUCGGACGUGUUCCAGGAUAAUCCCACCAUUGUCGGCGUUUACGAGGACACACAGGAGGGCAACGUGGAGACGGCGACCCCCAGGAAAACGAUCCGUGAGUAUAUUCAGCAGAUUGAGCAAAAGCUCAGACCCCCGUCGCCGAAAAUUUUCGAGGUGAAGCGCAGGGAGCCCGGAGCCAUGAUCAGACAGAGGUUGGAGACGCUGAGAGAGAAUGUCUUGUACGGACGUCGAAGCUCGAGCCGGCAAGGCAGCGAGGAGAGGGAGGGAACCAGAGCUAAAUCCCAGCCCCCUGCUCAGUUUCGAAACAAACUCACGCGCGCCACAAAACUUGAAAACAGGCACAGCGAAGAUCUCCGUCACCUGGACAGGGCAAUGGCCGCCUCACGAGAUAGCUUAUCGAAGUCGAUGGAAAAUUUAUCCAAACCAAGAGACGUUUUGUCAUUCUCAAGGGAAAGUCUUCUCCUGUCCAAAUCCAGGGACAGCUUGAAUUCAGACUCCCCGACCUAUCAGUGCAGUUUGUCUCCGCUGAUGAAUCAAAACUGCGGCACACCAGGUCACGAAAGCGACGCCAACAGAUUCACGUACAUAAACGUUGAGCACAAGGGGAACCAGUUCCUCCACAGAGCACGGAGCAACUCGGACCAGCCAGAGUCUGACACGGCCAUGGCCAUUGAGGGUGGCACAUUGUCGCGAUCAAUGUGUCGUCUGGACCAGGUCAACGCAGAGGUGGACAAUCUGGUCAUAAUGAAAGGAUGGGUCAGAGCACUUAUAUCAAAAUUCCAACAAAAAGACUGAAAUGUAGGUCAAGACAAAGAUGGGGG